GAUGGCGGAAUGAGUGAGAGUGUGUUUAGUGAUCCUCCGUGAAAUACCAGCGAUUUGUGGUGCAUUAUCAAGUCGCAUCGUGUUUGAAUUAGGUCUAUGCUGUUAUAAAGUGUUAUACGACAUAUUGGCGAAAAAACCCGGUGGAUUUACUAGUCAUGGAUUCCGUAGCUGCUGUGAUACUCUUAUUGGGCGUCCUCGCCGCCGCCAACGCACAGCUCAUCGAACGCCCGAACAAAGAGGCCACGAUUAAAAAUGUCCGAAUCUUGUGCAACAGUAAUGACAUCGUCGUCUCCAUUGAAACAUCCGCUGACUUCAAUGGAAUGAUCUACCCAAAAGGACUCUCCAAAAACUCCUCCUGUAUGUCGGAGUUCAAGGACCAAUCAAAUCCGGUCCUCUACAAGCUUCCGCUCAAGUCCUGCAGCACCAUGAGCACCGAGUUGGACGAUGGCAUCGAGUACUUCAACACGGUGGUGGUACAGCCACACAGGAAGCUCGUGACCAACCAGGGCCGCGGCUACCACAUCCGCUGCAAGUACCAAACACAGGAGAAGACCGUCACCAAUGCCUUCAACGUCAGCGGUGACUUCGUUACGGAUGUGGAAUGGAAGGCGCCCAACGGCUCCAGCUUCAUCGGUACGACGCCGCUCACCGCCACAGCUCCCAUGCCGGGCUGUUACAUGAGAAUCUUCUCCGGGUCGCCAACAGACAAAUCUGUAGCCGAGAACGUACGUAUCGGCGACCCUCUCACUAUGGUGAUCUCCCUCGACGACCAGGAGAUCUACGGCAUGAAGGUCACCGACUGCCUCGUGAGGGAUGGCCUAGGAUGGGGAGAACAGAUGCUUAUAAACAAAGAUGGAUGUCCUGUGGACUACGAGAUUCUGGGAGCGUUAGAGUACUCGUCAUCCAAGACGACAGCCGCCGUGCGCUUCCAGGCCCAUAAGUUCCCGUACACCUCGUCAGUGUACUACCAGUGCAACGUUAAACUGUGCAUCAAGAAUGCUGGAGGCUGCGAUGAUGUGCCACCAGUGUGUGUGGAGGGCGUGAACUUAAUCCGCCGUCGUCGCAGGGACGUGGCUGAGGUUGAUGGCAAUGGUGACCUGAAGGAAGUCGCUGCAGAGGUUGACGAGAACUUGACCAUCGAAGUCUUCACUGGUCUCUAUGUCAAUGAGGACGAGGAACUUCCAGAACCUGAAGGUGCCUCUGAAACUCUUACCCCUGUGAAGGAAGAGGUGGUGGAGGACCCCAACACCUUCUGUCUCUCUCCCAAGACCUUUGCCAUUGGCAUCGCUAUUGCAGGUCUCAUACUGAUGAUAGCAGUUAUUGCCUCCAUUCUUAUCCUCAUCUCCCGUCGUCGAAGGAGGAAGGAAGACUCUACCACCGGUUCCUCCAUAUACUCCAGUCCAUACACCAAUACAGCUUACAGUCAGUCAUCCUAAUACAUAGGUUCAAGGUACAUGUAGUAAGUGUGCUAGAAAACCUAAAGUGCUGUGAACUCCACGAAUGAAAUGUCUAUCUAAUCCACUUCAUAGCAAAAGAAGUUAUGCAAAUCAAUUGAAUACAGCUUCUUUAAAGUUACUGAACAUAAGUUAAUCACCGGUUAUGAAUUUUACCUCUUUCCAAAUUAACAUGGGAGUAAAAUCUAACGAAGGUGUAGACAGAGACGCAGAUGCUAACACUGACGCAGACGGUGAGGGUAUUGGAAUAUUACUUCUCUACUAAAGAUGAGAAAAAAGAAUAUAUACUAUCCAACGACUCUGACUUGACAUAAGUUGGAAAAGACGAUCGAUAGUUGUAAAGUGACUACUAUUCUACGAGAGGGUACAAGUUUUUAAAGAGAAUUAGGAAAACCUAAGUUUAUUUUUAAGUUCAAAAUGACGGGGUAACUGAAGAAUCAGAUACAGUACUUAAAAUAUAACUAAUGUGAUGCAGGAAAGAUUGGUGUUACGUAUACCAUAUAUUGUUGAUGUAGUUACAGACUUUUGUACCAUAAUGCAAUAAUGAUGAAUGGUGCUCCGGGAUGAAUUGUUCAUGAAAAGAGAAAGAUGCGUAAUUAAUUAAUAACAGCUUUAUGGCAAUUUACACAACAGGAGAUAUACUUAAUACAUAAUUAGAUAUUAAAUGCUUCUGUGUUUAAUCUGUGCUCUAAACUAGCUGACAUAUUGUAAGUUUAGAGGAGUUUCUGGUAAAGUUUACUAACUGGUUGUGACAUUGGUGUCUGAGAGGAUGAGGGGAAACUGGUUCACGUAACAGAGAUAUUAUGCCCGAGAAGUCAGUGAAUGGUGUUACUCUUAUGCAAAAUUGAAAACAAAACAUUACCUAUAAUAAACCGCUUGUGUUAAUGAAACUUCCUUAAAAAUUUUCAUUAGUUAUUUUUACACUACAUUAGCUUCAGUAAAUAUUGCACAACAGGGAAUUUUUCUUCAACAAGUUAAAGGUAUUUUUGCAAAAACACUACAUGCAAUAAACGUAAGAAUUAUUUUGCAAAAUGAAUAGUUUUCACUGACUUCUUUGAGUUUUACUCAAUACUCAAGGUCUUGCCCCAAGAACAUAAAAUGGUGAUUGAAUUACCAGUCAACAAGGGAAACCAGUAAUUCAAAUCUGUCAAAGGAAAUGGCUAAGCUUAUUUGAGUAAUCCAAUAAGCUGAGUCAUGUGAAUGGGGUCUCUGUUUCUCACCCAACGUCUCCCCUCUCUUCUUGCUUGUCUUAUCAAACACCCAUAAUUUUUUCUACUUCGUGUAUAGAAUAAGGGCAACUGCGGCAGAAGUGACUUACGAUGCAAUAAUGAUUUGUGUGUUUUACUCGUGUUACACUACCACAAAUGUUGGUUUAUAAUACUGUAGCCUUCACUGAAACCAGUGAAGUAGACCGUUUCCCCAUUGUCAGACUGUAAGCUAUUGUUAACAAAUUUAAAAAUCUUCAAAGAGUAGGGUGAUAUUUGUGGGUUUUAUUGCCUCUUUGGGGUGUAUGUUUCCAAUGAAUUUUUUAACUGAAAUCAUAUGAACUGCUCAUGCCUCCAGCCUGGUACAGAAAUUUAGAUUGCAACACAGAUAGGCAGUUGCUUACAGUCUUAUAAUUAGAUAAUUCAGACGGGAUACGGAUAUCAUGAAAGGAAUCUGUGAUAACAGUGCUGUAUAGUGCAGCCACUCUACACCUAUGACCAACUGGGAUCUAUCAGAUUAUUAUGAAAUAUAUAAAAUGGAAUUUGGUCUUUAUGAUUAAUCAGUAAAUGAGCAGUUGAGAAAUUAGUCCACUGACAACCUUAUGGAUAUUCUAACAUUGUGGAUGUUUGUGCAUUCUACAGUAGUAAGGAAAGAUUGCCAGUAUAGGUAUUUCAUGAUAUCCGUAUCCUCACUAUAGUGUAGCUAUAGUUUAGUGCCAUAAGCCAUGUGCUUACUUAUGAUACUUCAGCAUUGAGAAAACAUGUUAAAUUUUAUGUUGUAUCCAUUUUAAGAUUAUUGUGACAACACAUUGACAACAGGUACAAAAUCAGUGUUGACUUAAACGGGAUAAAUGAUAACUUAACGAGCCGCCUUCAGAUAUAGAUGAUAUUUCUUUGGGGAAGGAAGGGAAGGGGAAGUGGUUUUAUAUCUACUACCUGUACUGAAUUUUGAGGUCUUUUUACUGUUUUAAAUCACUAAUAAUUAGAUAAAUAUCGCGAUUCUGAAGGUUUUCUCUAAAUAAACAAGAUGUGAUUUGACACUUUGUUACAACUUUUUGUAAAAUGUAGUCAUCUGUUGCAAGCAAUAUACUAUAGCAUAGCAUAGUAUAUAGGGGAACGGUCUGAAAUAUAUUGUGAUAAAGAUUUCUCUCUAAAAAAAAUAACUCUUUUGCAUAUUGUAAAAAUUUGUGACACGACUACAGCGUAACUAAAUAAUAAUAAUUUUCGUUUUGUUUCAGUGUAAACAAUACUUUUUUUUAAGCAUUUUUGUGUGUGUGAGUAUGACACUGUAGUCUUUAUACUGUAGCUUUUUAUACCAAAUGUGAAAAACUACAUUCUAAAUGACAUUAAAACAGCUCAACCUUUAAUGGAUAAAGACUGCAUUUGCACGUGUUCAAUGAAUGUCAUUUAGCAUAUAGUUUUCUUUAAACAUUUUUAACUUAUGGUUGACAGCCCAUGGGGCAGCUAUUAAUCAUUUAAGGUUUAUUAGAUUUAGCAUAAUAAACACACUUUCUACAACUUUACAUAGACACUGGUUUACAUUUGCAUUGUGUCUGUCUUGUUCAAACUUCGUAAGACAGCAGUGUAUAGAUGUAUAGUUUACUUUUGCUUUGCCUUCCAGUGAUGUAUUAAUACAAUGCAUUUCUAAAUCUUUGUCUAGUAUAAGACAGUUGUGUGAACAAUUGCCAAAUAAUCAUGAGCAUUGUGUAUUAACCAAAUCAUCAUGAUUUCAAAUAUUAGCACUCUAGUUCACUACCGUAAUGUUGUGUCACGUCUUUAUAUUCAAGUAUUGAUGAUACUUGCUCGGUGUCUUCAAAUACAAUGAAACUGGAUUUCAGUAAUUUAAAAUCUACUUGAUUUUAUAUUGCAAAAUUGCAGCCAUAAGGUUAAAGCAUGCCUUUGUGGUUGGGGUGCCGGGUACACUAUAUUUCAUGUACUUGGCCACAAGGACAAGCUUCUUAAAUGAGUAAGUGAACAGGGUGGCAGUGGUAAUGCAGUUCCCUCUCUGCAAAUCUGGAUUUUGAACUCACUUUGAGCAAUUUCCACUGACAUGCACAGGCGUCGAUUAACUCGACUUUCUAACACAGUGGCAUAUAUAUUCAGUGCUUCUCUUAGUAAAUGAAUAUACAGGUACAAUUAUUUAUUAACAAGUAAAAGUAAAAAUUAUAUAAAAGCAACUUUAGGCUUGAAACUUGUGAUGCUGAGUUUACUUAAAGUAUUGCAAGAUAUUAUAUCGUCUUAUGGCCAAAUGUGUUUGAAAAGAUUCAUUUUGAUUCAAAGUGUCAAUUUCUGAAGUGAAAGAAGUGUACAUAGCUGACUUAAUGGUGCAAUAUGAGUAUGGUGCCACGAAAUUUGAGACCAUUCACGUAUUGUGCCAUGUAAGUAUGGCAUCAUGUACUUGUAUGUACAAUACUGUAAGAAUGACACUAUUUGUCCUAGAUGAGCCACUGUGAGCUCCUUGUAUCUACUCUUGUGCGCUAAGCGGGUUGGUGAUGGGUCUGUAGUUUCUCCACCGGGGACACCAAAUAAAUGCAAUCAAUUGUU